AUGUCUGGUGUAAAGUCUCGGCUGUCUGGCCUACUGGGCCACUUCAGCUCAGAAGCUUCGACACCUGCACCAUUCGAGCACCGCAUCAAUCGCCAUUCGCUCUCGCCGACUUUCUUCCUACCUCGUGCCGCGGCCAUUGAGCCCGAGGCCGAGGCAAUCUACCAUAUCACAGCCAAUGGCAAGGUUCUACACAGGACCUACCGCGAGACUGCUGAUCGUGCGAGGGGCUUGGCGUUCUACCUGAAGAAACAUGGGUUCAAGAGAGUUGGAAUCCUCUGUCCCAACACCCCGGCAUUCCUUGAGUCUAUCUUUGGGAUUGCCGCUGCUGGGGCUGUUAACGUCGCUGUCAACUACCGUCUCAAGAAAGAAGAUAUCGCCUAUAUUUUCGAGCAUGGAGAUGCAGAGGUCAUUAUUGUUGACGAGGAGUUUGUGCCACUUUUGGAGACAUAUCGCUCGCAGCACCCUGAUGUCCCCCUCAUUGUAGACACUGAUACGGAUGCUACUGAGGGUCAAUUGACGGGUCCCUUCGACGAAGCUGUUUUGCAAGGUCUGAAGUAUGACUUGGAUACUGGUGCUCAGGGCUGGGAGGGCCUCGAGAGUCAAGCUGCUGAUGAAGAGUCCGUCAUUGCACUGGCGUACACUAGCGGAACGACAGCUAAGCCCAAGGGUGUCGAGUUUACUCAUAGGGGUUGCUACCUGGCAUCUUUGGCGAAUGUUAUUGAAUCGGGGCUAAACUACCACCGUGGACGGGCUCGUUAUCUUUGGACACUACCUAUGUUCCAUGCUAUGGGAUGGACAUUCCCAUGGGCAGUAACGGCAGUCCGCGGCACCCAUUAUUGUCUCAGGAAGAUAGACUAUCCUGAGAUCUGGAGAUUGCUGAAAGAAGAGCAUAUCACGCAUUUCAACGCCGCCCCAACUGUGAACACAUUACUUUGCAACGCGAAAGAAGCAGAGAAACUGCCCCAACCUGUUCGGGUGACGGUAGCAGCGAGCCCUCCUACGGCUCAUCUCUUUGAACAAAUGUCAGAUCUGAACUUGCAUCCUGUGCAUGUUUACGGUAUGACCGAGACGUAUGGCCCUAUCACCAAGGGUUACUUUUUACCUCAAUGGGAUACCCUUCCUCUCAAGGAAAAGUAUCAGAAGAUGGCCCGGCAAGGCCAUGGCUUUAUUUCUAGCCUCCCUGCGCGAGUUAUUAAGACAGAGGUGCCUGACGAUACUAUCACUGAUGUCCGCCAAGAUGGCCAAGAGAUCGGUGAGAUCGUCUUUAUUGGCAAUAUCUGCGCUCGUGGGUACUACAAGGAUCCUGAGGCAACUCGGAAGCUCUUUGCAGGGGGUGUUCUGCACUCCGGCGAUUUGGCUGUCUGGCAUCCUGAUGGUGCGAUCCAAAUCCUUGAUCGUGCCAAGGAUAUUAUCAUUAGCGGUGGUGAGAACAUAUCAUCAGUUGCACUUGAGUCCAUGUUGGUCACGCAUCCCGACAUUCUAGAGGCAGGAGUUGUCUCGGUGCCUGAUACUCAUUGGGGCGAACGACCCAAGGCUUUUGUCACGGUGAAGCAAGGCAAGUUACUGGAAGGCCCAGAAGUGAUCACCUGGGCUCGGAAUGUCAGCGGCAUCAGCAAGUUCAUGAUCCCUCGAGAGGUGGAAGUGGUAGCGGAACUUCCCAAGACCAGUACUGGUAAGAUUCGGAAGAACAUCCUGCGAGACUGGGUAAAGGGACAGGUUUCAAACUAG